UAAACACAGCAUUGCUCCCUUGCCUCCAAUGUUUUUUUAUAAGUGGGUAUCACAUUCUAGGAGAUUUGCUAGCAUUGAUUAUUAAUAAUAGUUUCAACAUUCUGAAUAAUAUCAAAGGUGUUACAUUGCCACUGCACUAAAAUAUUUUUACCAUUAAAAUGCACAAGUGAUUUGAGGAGCACAGUUGACCAUUGAGACCUGUUUUUUUAAAUGAAGUACAACCCCUACAGCCAUUUCUUGCAGUUGUUUACCUCUAGUGUGCCAGUGUUUAAAAUCAUUAAGACAGUUCAAAACCAACAGCAGAGUCAAGUGAGAGCAUCUCAAGAGCAGCACAGCAAAUGCAAACACUAAACACUAGAUAGAUAAAUAAAUUAGUAAUAUAUGAUGUCGUUAUACUUUUUUCAAUACAAAAAUAUUUUCCAUGCUAAACCUUUAAUAAAUUAUCAUAAAAUCUGCAUUACAAACCUCACCCUAAAGAUGUGUCAAUAUGUUUUUCAACAGACAUCUGGCUUGGAAAAAUACAAUUAAAAAUAGACAUUGAAAUGAAUAGACAUUAAGAAGAAACUUCUACAAAUGCCUUACAGAAAUAAUCUAUUACCCUUGGUACUCAUGGACAUGUGCCACUAUACAGUAGCUAGCCAAGUCAUAGGAUAUUUCAAAUCCGGUUGCAGAUUAUUUUGUCAUGUCUAAAGGCAUCUUGAUUAAAUACAGAAUAAAUUACUAUAUCAUAAAGACCUUUACAGUACUAUGUGUGGAAGUACAUUGACAUUUGUAGAGGUAUAUUUAAAGUAAAUUCAGAUAAUAUGAAAACAAUACAACAUAAAAAAAGAAAUUUUCUCCCAUAACCCUAACCUUGAUUAAAUAUCUCUAAAACUACUGAAGAAAUAUAACUGGUGAGAUAGAGCGUCACACUCCAACAGACAGCAAUGGAGAUUGACAAAGAGAAUGGAGCCACUUAAACCACAGUAAGAACUUAACACACAGGAUGUCUUUGUGAUUGCAGCCACCACCACAAUCACCAGACGUGAGCUCUUCAACAUCCCACUCUUUAUAACAUUGCUAAUGUUCCACCCUUUGAGGCUUCAGCGGUCUUAACCACACAGCCAUGAAGGUAGAGAACAACUGGAUGGCCACUAAGAAUGCACUGGACCUGACUGUUAUCCUGUUGAACUGUAAAACGAUUGGGAUGUAUUAAAAAUUGGAACUUUACUUAAGACUUUCACAUUCGCAGUAAACAAUAACGACUGCUGCCAUUCAGAAACAUUUUGCCAUGGUGUAGUAACUGAACGUGGACAUUUGGUGGAACCAAUCUUCUGGAACAACAGGACUGAUUUUCCUGUUUUUGCAAAACUGACAUCUAAUAAAUCUGCAAUGGAAGAGGCACUCUGCGUUCCACAUCUUGUAAUGAUACAGAGAGAAACAGUGACAUAUUCCAACAGUGGAACAGUUUCACAUUCCAUGCAAUAGGUUUGGAAAUAUAAUAAUUUGUCUGAAAUGUCAGUGCAUCAUCUACAUAUUAAAACAUGGAGCAUAAAAUACAUUAAAAAACUGUGCUGUGUACUAUAGCAUGUCCUUUCUGAAUCACUACAGCACCAUUCUUCUUGCUGGUGCACAAUCAGCACUUGAUAAGGUUGCUGAACGAGUAACUAGAUUAACCCCCCAGUAGCUUUUUUCAGAUGCAUAUAAAUUAUUUGAAUGUACUUUUCUAAAGCAAUGGGUCUCUGGCUAUGGAUGUGGCUAUGUGGCUCCUGUUGUAAAAUUAUUUUACAUACUUAUCGAUUGCUGAUACCAGUAAUGGGUCUUUAUUUCAGUCCUGUCAGACUGUAAUAAAAAAAAUCAGACAUAUCCAGUGAGACUGAUUGUGUACAACGAUGAUUAAAAAAAUACUUCCACAAAUUCUUGACAUUCAAAAAUUCAGGUUAUUUAUGUAAUAUAUAUAUAUAAGUUUGUAUUUCAUUUAAAAUAUGAAGUACAUUUCAUAUAUUUAAUAGUGUGUGAUAUACAUCAUGUACUCUAUAUACAGCAUUGUGUUUAAAUAAUAUUCCAGAAAAAAAUGGUAUGGUUAACCAUUGCAAUCAUAUACUAGCAAGUUGAUCUUAAAAGUCCGAGAGGCAAAUUAUUAUAUUUUUGUUUGAGAAAAGGAAAUUUGCGACACUGCAGUCUUGGCACAUUAUGACGUUACUAGAGAGAUUCCUAUCAAGGACCUUUGAUUCAAUACAAGCAGCAGGAGCAACGCCCAAAUGAUGUACUGGGAAUUGUUCUUAUUUAAAUCUAUUAAUUUUGACGUGUAUUAUAAGAGGUUGUUCGCACCUUUGCAGUUCCCAGUUUAAUGAUAAACUUAAACUAUAUCUUUUUUAACUUAUUGUCUGAGGAGAAAGUGGUGGAUGUAAAGGUUAUUUCACGAUGCAGCAGCAGCUCCGCCGUCUUCGAUGCAAUCUUGACGAGUGAGAGAACUGUCCGUGGUGCUGAAAAGGGAAAGCCUACAUUACAAUAUUUACCCGACAGCAGAUUUUGUGUCUGCCUGUUCCUAUCUAUGAGUUUUAAAAGAAGUCUAGAAGUCUCUCGAAAAUGUUUAGCAAGAAGAAAAAUGUAGAAAAAAAGUAUCACAUUAAUAGGACCUACUGUAUACGUUUUCACUCAUUUUUUAAUUGAUCUCUCUCCCUGCGUCGCCAACAGCAGUGUGAGUCUAGAAAUACUAUAUACUAUUAUGAAAUCACUUUGUUGAAUAUGGACUUUGGUGCUAAAUAUUUGACAAUUUUCGCGGAUCGUUUACUGGACGAUCAGACGUCAAUCAUAAAUUAGAGACGAAAUUGAAUACGCAUAAUUACAAUUAAUUAAAGGUCCAACACCGAGCGAGGCCUCUUCAACCCAAGAUUUGUUUUUCAGUAUCGGAAAUUUUAACUUCACUUUUUCGCGUCAGGAUUUUGAAACUUGACAUAAUACCCGUUUCAAAGACUUUUCUGUGUGGUCAGUGUAUCCCUGCUAUUAACGUAAACAUCACAAGAAUUGUCCGACACUCUGAUCCUCUAACAGAUCAGCGCAGCAUCUGUAGAUAUGCGGACGCUUAACGUUUUAAUUUACAGUACAUACCAGAAAAAGGUUCCUAAGGUUAUCAGUGAUCCAACGUGUUUACACCGGUGAACCGUACCUUUCCUUAACAGGACAUAAGCAAUCAUGAAGCUUCCUACCGUAACAUUCACACACGUAGCAUACAUUUUAUAAAUUAAUUUACCGUGAAAAGGAACAUUGUCAUCUUUUCAGUGUUUAGACAUUUACUUAACAGUGUCCCCUGUAACAUUCCAGUUUCUUAUGAAAAAUGACAUAAACCUGACCGAAUUAAAAACAAAAACUUUUAUGGCAGUUUUUGUUGUUGUUGUUUCUUUCUUUUUCUGUGUGCCACCAGUUGCUCUGUCUUCUUAGUGUGAUCCUUGUAAUUGAAAGACAGCGAAAGAUUAACGCAAUCCACGAAAGACAGGAUUCUCUUCUGUAGAUCGAUACACUGCCUGUAAAACCUGAAUCUUCUGAGCAUAUAUUCGGACAGAUACUGUACGUGGUAUUCUGGAGCUACAACUUUUUCUCUGUUGUGAAAUCAUGAAACUGUGGCAAAAUAGCUUCCUCUUGAUCCCUCUGAGCCCAGAAGUCGGAACGAACUCAUCUGCGCAGCCUUUAAUACCAGGACAGCUCCACUGAGCGAUGCUCUCUACCUUUCGGCUGGGAACAACGCUAUCCUGUGUUUGCCUAUGAAAGCUAAGCUGACAGCACUCCUUAAACAAGUUCCGUGGAGUGGCAGACACACAGGCGAGGAGAGCGGACGUCAGUCUGAGCCAAUCCGUGAUGACUUCCUCCGUUUUUCCCAUUUGAAGAGAGAGAAAAAAAAAUCGGCUUCAUCAGAAACCCCUCUCUUACUGUGCGUCUCCCGGUUAAACGCCGCAAAUGGUUCGCGAGGGCUGAACUCCACAGGAAUGCUGAAAAUGAAUUCCAGGAGGCACUUGUGACACUAGGGGUGGAGGUAGUUUGAACUACCGUGGCUGAUUCGGGGUGUUGCUUCAAUUACUCUGUCCUCAAUUAUCGACAAAUCAGAGUCGAAUACUUGCUUUUUGUACUAAUUGGCCAGGAAUUCUGUUACGGAGCUAAAGAGGUGGGAGAGGAGCCAGUAACAGGUCGGGGGACCGUCUCUUUCAGGAGACUUGGAUGGAAAUCACGCGUCCAUGGCAUUCAAUCACUCUGAGGAUUAACUCAGCGUGGAGGCUGAACGGGGGGGACGUGAGAGGUGCAGAGGGGCAAGGAUCUGCCUGCUGAGAUUUGAUCUGAGUUCCCCGUCUCAGCCACUUGAUCGCUCUCACUGCAGAGACGUUUGCUCAGCUAAAUAGAGCCAGCUGGCUUUAAUGCGGAGGAAAGCUCCAGCCGUCGUGAGGUUCGCCUGCCUGAUGAGGGAGGAUGGCUCAGCCUGCGACGCUUCAAAGGGGAAAACGCGCACCGGUGCCCUGUGAGGGGUUUCUGGAGAUCGGCUUUGGAAUCUGACUGUCUCUCUGUGCUGGCCGUCCUGGAUUUCUACAAGGCGCGUCUGUGGAUUCAAGAGGCAUUGCUGAAUGCAAACCUAUGGCAUAUUGUUCGAGAGUAGGGGGGGAUAUGGGCUGUGCGGAGUUGUGCGGUAAGAAAACCAGCACACCUAGCAUUGACAGAAUAUAGUGAAAAACCCGAUGGAGGAAAACAAAACCAAAAUAUGGGGAAAAAUGAGGAUUGAGAAGAUUGAAUUUCCCUGACCCUCAGUAUACUGAGCAGGGCUGAUGUUCCUACUGCAAGGUGUUUGAACCCGACUUACAAUGGAAAAACUGCUUGUCUUUCUGCUGGUUAUUGGCAUGGCAGUUAAGGCCCAGAUCUGUCCAAAGCGCUGCGUCUGUCAGAUAUUGUCUCCCAAUCUUGCAACUCUGUGUGCCAAAAAAGGGCUUCUGUUUGUCCCACCGAACAUCGACCGGCAUACCGUAGAGUUGCGCCUUGCCGAUAACUUUGUCACAAGCAUAAAACGGAAAGACUUUGCCAACAUGACCAAACUGGUGGACCUUACAUUGUCAAGGAAUACAAUUAGUUACAUCACUCCUCACGCUUUUGCGGACCUUGAAAAUUUGCGAGCGUUACAUCUAAACAGCAAUCGGUUAACAAGGAUUUCUAAUGAUACCUUUAGUGGGAUGUCCAAACUGCACCAUCUGAUUCUGAACAACAACCAGCUCACUGUAAUCUUCCUUGGGGCUUUUAAUGAUUUGCUGGCUUUGGAAGAGCUGGAUUUAUCUUAUAACAAUCUGGAAACUAUCCCUUGGGAGGCCAUUCAAAAGAUGAUCAGCUUGCACACACUCAGCUUGGACCACAACAUGAUUGAUUACAUUCCCGAAGGCACAUUCUCUCUCCUCCAGAAGUUAACACGCUUAGAUGUUACCUCCAACAAACUCCAAAAGCUCCCUCCCGAUCCGCUGUUUCAGCGGGCUCAGGUUCUAGCUACAUCUGGGAUCAUAAGCCCUACCUCGUUUGCACUGAGCUUUGGUGGGAACCCACUGCACUGCAAUUGUGAGCUGCUGUGGCUGAGGAGGCUCACAAGGGAAGAUGACCUGGAGACAUGUGCCACUCCCUCUCACUUGUCCGGGCGAUACUUCUGGUCCAUCCCAGAGGAGGAGUUCCUGUGUGAGCCCCCGCUCAUCACUCGCUAUACACAUGAAAUGAGGGUUUUGGAGGGCCAGCGUGCAACACUGAGAUGCAAAGCAAGAGGAGAUCCAGAGCCAGCCAUCCACUGGAUCUCUCCCGAAGGCAAGCUGGUCUCGAACUCUUCAAGGACACUGGUCUAUAACAAUGGCACACUGGACAUUCUUAUCACCACUGUAAAAGACACAGGAUCUUUCACUUGCAUCUCCUCCAACCCCGCUGGAGAAGCACAUCAGACAGUGGACCUCAACAUAAUUAAGUUGCCCCACAUUACUAACAGCACAAAUAAUAUCCAGGAGCCAGACCCGGGUUCAUCAGAUAUCUCAACUUCUACCAAGUCUGGUUCUAAUGCAAGCACCAGUACAGGAGACUCGAAACAGAGCCAGGACAAACGUGUGGUCAUAGCAGAAGCCACUUCUUCGACAGCCCUUAUCAAGUUUAACUUUCAGAGGAAUGUACCAGGCAUUCGCAUGUUCCAAAUCCAAUACAAUGGCACCUAUGAUGAAUCUCUUGUUUACAGAAUGAUUCCUCCGACAAGCAAAAACUUCCUUGUGAACAAUCUGGCUGCAGGAACCCUGUAUGACCUCUGUGUCUUGGCCAUCUAUGAUGAUGACAUCACCUCCCUCACGGCAACCAGGGUUGUGGGCUGCAUCCAGUUCACCACCGAACAGGAGUACUUGCGCUGUCACUUUAUGCAAUCACAGUUCCUUGGUGGCACAAUGAUCAUCAUAAUUGGUGGAAUAAUCGUAGCUUCUGUUCUUGUGUUCAUCAUCAUCCUGAUGAUCCGCUACAAAGUGUGCAACUCCGGCGACCCCAGCAAAGCCACCAAGGUCAGCAACGUCUACUCACAAACAAAUGGAUCUCAGCCCCAGGGAUGUGGAGGGUCAGUUCACCCCUCCGUCUCAAAGCAGGCCUUGGGGCAACAGGAGAGUGAGCGGUGUCAGAAGACAGUCCCGAGUGACACAGUGACACACUCCUCAGAAACUUCCAUUCCUGAUUGCUCCACCACUACCUCUAUGGCAACCCAGAGUUGGACCCCGGGCUCGACCGGUUCUCUAAAGCCAAAACGCAAGGCGGGGCCAAAGUCAUCUGCCGAGCCCAAGAUCGAGGCUCUCCCCAGCGCGGAGACGCAGAACACCAAUCGGAAUAAUUCCACGGCCUUGCAGCAGCCCAGCCUCCCUCCUCCCGUGCAAGCCAAGGAGACGCCAAGCUUCAGAAGAGCACAAUCCAAGCCCACUAAAUAUCUCACCUUGCCAACGGAUGGUGUGAAGGCUAAAAGAAGGUUGUCUCUAAAUGAAGACUUGUCUAAGUAUCACUGCUACAUUGGUUCUCAAAAGUUGGGGAAUUUGUGGUCUAAGCGGAGCCUGUCAAUGAACGGUAUGCUUCUACAGCUGGAUGACUCAGAUAUAGAUAGUGGGAAAGUGACAUUUUCAAGUUCGGAGUGGAUACUGGAAAGCACUGUGUGACUUUUUUUCCUUGCAUCAUUUUUUAAGUCGUUUUUUUUUUCAGAGCCAACAGUGAGUGAGUGGAUGCUUGCCUUGUAGGAAUUUGGAAUUCCAAACUUGUCUCAGCUGAUAAAUGGCAUCUCCAGCAGAGCUGUGAACAAACAACACCAUGCUCAUGUGGCAUUGUGACAACAACCAUACAAAACAUUCCCAGUUAUAAAUAAAUAAAUUACUCCAGCAAGAGGAAUGCACUACUGCCUUCCCUUGCAAACUAAUUGGCUUCUUAUUUCUGCAGUAGGAGGUACCAAGAGGAAAUGGAAAUAUGUCUAUCUGUUGGGGGUGUGGGACUGGGUGUUCGGUGGAAAGAUUUCACAAAAAAGCCUUUUUAAAAAGGAAAUUAAAUUUCCUGCAUAUAAUAGAGAGAAAAAUAGACUUAUCAGACCUCUUAUUAAAUUGAUAUUUUUUAAAGAGAAUUUCAAACUUUCGUUUCAGUGACAUUGAUAUGCCUUUGUUUUCAGGCAAAAAAAAAUCCCUGUACAGAAAAAAAAAAACAACAACAUUGGCUGUGUUGUUAUGUUGUGUAAAAUAAAAUAUGAAAUAAGUAUACUCAGAGGUUGUCAUUGUGGUAAAUGAAUAAAAUAUAGCGACCAACUACUUGGUAUCAUCAAAAAGGCCAGCACCUGCAGACUGAAGAAGAAUUGUGUUAAAAAACAGUGUUAAAUGUGUUGAAUCCUUGAAAUCAUGAAGUGCACUUAGUUCAUCAUCUUGGAAUUAAUGUUCUAAUUUUUGAAAAUUAACAGGUUAUCACUUAUUUCCAGCUGGAUCAGAAGUUUCAUCAUGCCAUAUUCAGAAGAAAUAUUUUACAUCUAUUGUUAAACAUGUGUGGCUAUAAAAUAUCUUUCUGUGUAUAUUUGUUGGUUUUCAUAUAGUGUGUGCUGUGUUUCAAAUGUAAAACUGAAAGAAAUAUAGAGAAUACUACUGAAACAAAGACUGAGUGAAGAAACAACACUCAAUGUUGAACAUCAUUUUUUAAGGCCAUGAACAUUCACAAUCACUGCUGAAAAUGACUGAAAAAGUAUUUGAUUUGUGAAAAACAAUGGCUUACACAUUCUUGUUCUUCCAGGCUUACUUUUUCAGUCCCUCGGAUUUCAACAACAUCAGUCUUGAGAAGUUUAAAUGAUUGAUUUUGAGCUGAGAAUUUCCAAGCUAGGAAAUAACAAAAAUGUUGACUCCCAUCCAUGGCUUUAUUGAAUGAAUCACUGCAGCAAAAAUCGGUGAGAGAACAAAAGAAAGGUUUCACCAGUAUAUGCAUUUUAAUAGUGCAGUCAUAUGUCAAGGAAUCAAUUAAAUAUCGUGAGACAAUUUUGUUAAAUCAGAAAUACAGCAUAUUAUAAGUUAUGUAAACUAUCAGUCCUAAAUAGUGUCUAAUUGGUUUUAUGGAAGACAAGCAAAUUAAUGGAGAUUCAGUGUUUGUGGAAUUACCAAGGGAGAACAUUUUUAUUUUCCCAUGUGUCUGAAAAUCAAGGACUAUAUUUUAAAUCAAAUGCCUUUUUUGUGCGACAUUAUAGCAUCACCUUAUAUUUAAAAGAUUACGUGCAAGUUAAUUCUAAAAUAUAUGUACUCACAUUAACAAUACUAGACACAAGGUUGUGAUUUACUUUUUUUGUUGUUUGUUGUGUUUCUUAUGAUGUACAGUACAGUAUAUAUUUUCGUGAGUACAACAAUCAGAUGUCAGCUUACUAAGUCCUUGAAUUGUUUCAGAUGAAAAAUGUUUCAGUUUCAAUUUUAACAUCAUGACCUUCUUUUUAACACCUACUUUUAGAGCAUCAUCUUUGUCUUCAAUGUUUUUUUGCUUCACUCCUGUGUUUAACUACAACAAAAUGAACAGCCAACAGUGAUGAUAAUGCUCACUUAGGCAGCUUAGAUGACCUUCCUGUGCCAUUCUUAAGAUUUAAACUCACUUGAGUAUAAGUAGCUUUGUGAGGAUCACUCUCAUUUACCACAUGGCAUUCGUAGGUCAGACUUUUAAAACAUGUGCUUGCAAGGACUAGGGGGCUCAGUUACACAGACCCUUCUGUUACUGCCUUUUGGUCUUCUAAUUUGAAACCCAGAUUCGUAUGUAUGUAUGACUGAGGUGGUCAAAGGUUUUAGGUCAUUGUUUAAUCGGUGCAUGUACUACUAAAGACAACAUGUUGUUUGUUAAAAAAGGUGAGUGACCAGAAGAAGAAUUAUACAGAACCUUAGCUGAACUUUCGCAAACGUCGAUCACACAGUGGUUGUACAAGGGCAAUGCCAAUGCAGUUUGUCAUCGCAGCAAAUAAACAAAUUCUCCAGGUCCUGAAACCUAUUUCCUGAAAGAACCUGACUUAU